GGCAACAAUGAUCUUUGACCUUAUGCUUACCCAGCAAAACUAAGCUCAAUUAGUCAGACUCAAACUUUGAUAUUACUGAAUUAAUUGUUAGUUAAAUUUUCUACUAUCUCUCUCUUCACCACUCUCUCUUCCUAUAAAUAUCCCACCCCACCACUCAACACCAACGCCUCUUAUCCUUAACUACCACAAUCCUCAUUUGAAACCCGGCCAACACCGCCGUCCCCCGCCGCUCUCCGCCGCCCCCCAUGGCUGAUAAGACGCCAGAGAAUAUUAACGGUGGCGGCGCUCUCGCCACCGAAUCUCAACUGCCUACACCCACAAAACCAAAAAGAAACAAGUAUGCUUUGGCUUGUGCUUUCUUGGCUUCCAUGACCUCCAUCUUACUCGGAUAUGAUAUAGGAGUAAUGAGUGGAGCCAUAAUCUACAUUAGGAGAGAGAUAAAGAUGACGGAUGGACAAAAAGAGGUGAUUAUGGGAAUCCUUAAUGUCUACUCGCUCCUCGGCUCCGCCGCCGCCGGCCGGACCUCCGACUGGCUGGGCCGCCGCUACACCAUAGUCUUUGCCGGAGCUAUCUUCUUCGUGGGCGCGUUUCUGAUGGGCUUCGCCACCAACUACGCCUUCCUCAUGGCCGGCCGCUUCGUCGCCGGCAUAGGCGUCGGCUACGCGCUCAUGAUAGCACCCGUCUACACGGCGGAGGUCGCGCCGGCUUCCGCCCGCGGCUUCCUCUCUUCUUUCCCGGAGGUCUUCAUCAAUUUUGGCAUAUUACUCGGCUACGUUUCAAACUACGGCUUCUCAAAGCUCCCCGACAACAUAGGGUGGCGAUUGAUGCUCGGCAUCGGCGCCCUCCCCGCCGUCUUCAUCGCCAUCGGCGUCCUCGCCAUGCCGGAAUCCCCUCGUUGGCUCGUCAUGCAGGGCCGCCUCGGCGACGCCAAGCGCGUCCUCGACCGAACCUCCGACUCCGCCGAGGAGUCCAGGAACCGCCUCGCCGAGAUCAAAGAGGCCGCCGGCAUCCCCGAGCACUGCCACGACGACGUCGUCUCCGUCUCCAAAAAAAGCACCGGCAGCGGCGUGUGGCGCGAGCUCAUCCUCCGGCCCACCCCGGCCGUCCGCCACAUCCUCAUCUGCGCCGUGGGCAUCCACUUCUUCCAGCAAUCCAGCGGCAUCGACUCCGUCGUCCUCUACGGCCCGGACAUCUUCGAACGCGCGGGUUUGAAAACAGAUACAGAUCGGCUGCUGGCGACGAUGGCCGUCGGAUUCACGAAGACGAUCUUCAUCUUGGUUGCGACCUUUCUGUUGGACAAGGUCGGACGGCGGCCGCUGCUCCUGUCGAGCGUGGCGGGGAUGAUUGUAUCCUCCGUGGCGCUGGGGAUCGGGCUGACCGUUAUGGAGCGGUCAGAGCAGAGGCUGACGUGGGCGGUGGCGCUCUCCAUAUCGACGGUUUUAUCAUACGUGGCAUUUUUCUCGAUCGGGAUGGGGCCCAUCACGUGGGUGUACAGCUCGGAGAUCUUCCCGCUGAGGCUGCGGGCGCAGGGGUGCGCCAUAGGCGUCGCAGUGAAUCGCGUCACCAGCGGCGUGAUUUCGAUGACGUUUAUAUCCCUGUACGACGCGAUUACGAUUGGGGGGGCGUUUUUCUUGUACGCGGGGGUUGCGGCGGUGGCAUUUUUGGUAUUUUACACUUUGUACCCCGAGACGCAGGGGAAGACGCUGGAGGAGAUGGAGGGCUUGUUUGGGACCUACUUCAAAUGGAGGGCCACGCUCACGAAAUUCGACGACAAUAAGCGGGAGAAUCAGGAGCGCCUCCAAACGCGGAAAUAGAGGUUGGGUGGGUGUAAUGUAAAUACGGGUCUCCGCUGAGGGCUCAUGUGUCAUUGUGCCUUCUAAUUUCGAGUAGCAAUUUUGAAUUUUCUAAAUGUGUGAAAGUGAUGUAGUGAAAAAGUAUACACAUAGUAGCACGGAACUCGACAUAUGCACACACAUUUUGUCGAUUCUAAGAAUAUUCUGAAUUAAGAAAUUAAAUAAUUAGCCUUUUUGUGUUUUGUUA